AUGGCCGCUCCCGCCCACGAAGUCGUUCUGGCGAGCAAGGACAACGACGCCGCUGCCGUCGCUGACGAGGACGCACCGGGCCCUGCCAUCUCUUUGCCUGAGGACACCGGAGAGGGCGGUAAGCUGAGCAUGAUCGUGCAGCUCGUCAAGAAAUGCUUUGGCGUGAAGGAUAUCGCCGCUAUGCGUCUUUCCUUGCCGGCGUCGUUGCUGGAGCCAAUACCCAAUCUCGAAUACUGGCAUUACCUCGACAGACCAGACCUUAUCAAUGACUCCGAGGAUCCAUUCGACAGGAUGCUGGCCGUGCUCCGCUUCACGUUCUCCAAGGACCUCCGACACAUACGGGGCAAAGUCUGCAAGCCGUACAACUCGGUGCUCGGCGAACACUUCCGCUCUCACUGGGACGUGCUCCCCGGCUGGAGCACGUCCGCCGUCCAGUCGACGGCCGCGCCCUCGCCGGCGUCGACGUCGACCGUCGAGUCCAACGUCGACGCGCGGCUCUCGAACCUCAGCCUCGCGGAGACGGACGGGCAGACCGCGGCGUCGAGCGAGCAGCCCGAGUCGGACGACCCGCGCGCGCCGCACGUCCGCGUCGUGUACCUGACGGAGCAGGUGUCGCACCACCCGCCGAUAUCGGCGUUCUACGCGACGUGCCCCGCGCGCGGCGUCGCGCUCGCGGGCGUCGACCAGAUCUCGGCGAAGGUGACGAGCACGGCGACCGUGCGCAUCGGCCCGGGGCACGCGAACAAGGGCAUAUUCGUGCUCGUCCAGGGCGGGCACGGCGCGGGGGAGCAGUACCAGAUCACGCACCCCGUCGCGCAGGUGAACGGGAUACUGCGGGGCAGCUUCUACGUCACCGUCGGCGAGUCGACGAUCAUCACGUGCACGGGCGGGCGCGGGUUCGACGGGAAGCAGCUGAGGGCGGUUAUUGAGUACAAGGAGGAGUCUUGGCUGGGGAAGCCCCAGUUCGCGGUCGAGGGCGUGAUCCACACGUACACGCCGGGGGCGACGGAGCACGAGGAGUGGACGCGCGUCAAGCACGUUCCGAGGGAGUGCGCGCUCGCGUACCUCGACGGGGCGUGGCGGCACAAGGUGCGCUGGCGGCGCGCGGGCGCGGCGGGGGGCAAGGAGGAGUGGAGCACGCUGAUGGACCUGUCGACGCUGCACGUCGUGCCCAAGGCGGUGCGGCCGCUGGAGCGGCAGCUGCCAAACGAGAGCCGGCGGCUGUGGGAGCGGGUCACGACGAAGCUCGUGAGCAAGGAGUUUGGCGAGGCGACGAGGCACAAGCACGCGAUCGAGCAGAAGCAGCGGGAGGACGCGGCGGAGAGGAAGAGGAAGGGCGUCGAGUUUGUGCCGAGGUACUUCGAGAAGGACAUCGAGUCCGGUGUGCCGAGGUUGACGCUGGACGGGGAGGCGGCGAUAGAAGAGGAGCUGAAGGAGGACCCGGCGUACACCCCGGAAGACGCGCACUCGACGAUGCCGGUCGCCGCGCCAUGAUCGCAGCGAGCGGACGUUUCGCGCGCGUUCCGGGCACGGCUGCUCGCCGUGCAUGCAUUCUUUCUUUCUUUCUAUCUUUC